AUGCGUUCAUUCGCUGUUGCUGCCCUGUUUGGGUUUGCAGCUGCUCAGAGUAGUGCCUUGAAUGCCACUUUGAGUACCACGCGUCUUUCUUCUGCGUCUUCAACCCCCCUCACGACUACAUCGGCUACUGCUUCAGGUUCGAAAUCAUGCAUCACUGUCGCUACGGAUGGAUCUGGAGAUUAUACCGCCAUCAAUGUAGCUGUUAAAGCAGCUCAGGACAGCGGCAUCGCCACCGUCUCCGUUCUGCCCGGUACCUACUCCGAGGCCGUCACUGUUCAAGGGCAAGCUACUGUAACGAUCGCCGGGCCCACACCCACAGGUGCUGAUGAUUGGUCUGAGAACAAGGUUACUAUCGCUGCCACUGACACUCCUUUCAAGAUCGGCACCGACAAGAUCAAAGGCGUCACUGUCCGUAACAUCAACAUCGUUAACUCUGCCGCGGUAUCUGCAGGAACCAAUGCAGUUGUUCUCAACCUCAGGGGAGGCAAUGUCGCUUUCUACGGUUGCUCAGUCGUUUCGCCUGGUGGCACUGCCAUCUCUGCCUCCUAUGGAACCGCCUUCUUCGCCAAUUCAUACAUUGAGGGCUCGAACUAUCUCUUCUACAACUACCCAACCAUCUACGUCUACAAAUCUACAGUCGUGCCACUUAGUUCGAGUGCCCUCAUCGUAUACAACAAGGGUGGACAGCCUACUGGUGGCGACUUCGCCAACUCUACGGUUGUCUUCGAUUCGAGCUCCAUCCAGCAGAAAUCUGGAUACACCAACAACAAUGUGUGGCUCGCAGCUCCUAACGGUCCCGGUGCUGUGACGAUUUACAGAAACACCGCUAUAGGAAGCUUGGUCGCUCCUGCUGGUAUUCACCCCUCGGCAGCUACUACUCCAUCCUUCUUCGGCGAAUUUGCUACAACUGGUGCGGGGUCUUACAGCAAGAAUGCUGCUUCUCGUCCAAACUACGAUGUUCCCCUCUCGGCUGAACAGGUCUCUCAGUUCACCAUCGACAAGGUCUUUGGUAGCGCAUUCUACCCUUACGCUAGCUCUUCGCUCACAUGGAUUGACCAAGAUGUUGUGGCAUCCUUGAAAGCAUCAGACGAUGCCCAGCUUGCAUCCGCUUCGUCUGUGGCGUCGGUCGCUUCGUCUACCGUGUCCUCAUCAGCAUCAUCGUCGGCGUCGUUGUCCAUCUCCGCCAUCUCCAGCCUCCUUUCGAACGCUACUGCUACCGCAUCAAUGACAUCUAGCGCAACUCCAGCAGCAUCGACUUGCUCCAUCACAGCAGCGUCUCCGACACUUAUAGUUUCUAAGACGCCAGGACCCUGCGAGUUCUCGAACGUUACAUCUGCUGUCAAUGCUUUGCCUAAUGACGGUAAUCCAUACACCAUUAAGAUUGGUGCGGGUACAUACGUCGAGCAGCUUUCGAUCACCCGCAAGGGAAAGGUCACCCUCCGAGGCUUCACCGAUUUCACGAACGAUUAUACACAGAACAAGGUUCGCAUUGAGUUUUCCCGUGGUGAACUCACCAGUGCUGGAAAGAACGAGCAAACACCUGUCAUAUUUUCCAAGCCUAGUGGCGAUUCUGGCAUGGCUCUCUACAACAUCGAUUUUGUCAACACGUACCCGCAGACCACCAACACCGCUGCGCUAGCUGCGGACUUCUACGGCGCUAAUAUCGCCGCGUAUGGCUGUUCAUUCGUCGGUUUCCAGGAUACGCUACUCGCCAACAAGGGUACCCAAGUUUUCAGCAACUGCUACGUUGAGGGAAGUGUCGAUUUCAUCUGGGGGUUUUCUACUGCGUACUUCCAUCAGUGCAUGAUCGUCAGUAACACACCUGGUGCUUACGUUGCUGCAAACUCCAGGGCUACUGCAGAUGCUCCUGGUGGCUACGUGUUCGAUUCCUCUGUCAUCACCUACAGUUCUACCUAUGGCAACAACUUUGGAUUGUCCUAUCUCGGCAGACCCUACAGCCAGUUUUCCAUCGCCGUCUACAUGAACUCGUACAUUGAUAAGCACAUAUCCGCCGCUGGAUGGGCCGUAUGGCAGACAAACAACCCUCAGACUUCUGGAGUCACAUUCGGCGAAUACAACAACACUGGACCUGGUAGUUGGUCGGAUACUACUCAGCGCGCCAGCUUUGCGACCAAGUUGACAGCAUCUCAAGCGGCAAAGUACGAGCUUGCUGCAUGGAUCGGUAGCACGGCGUGGCUGGAUAUGGAUGCGUACAAUGCGAUCCCUUCGUACAGCCUUACGAGUCCUACGGCUACCUCGCCAUCGCCAUCUCCGUCACCCUCGGCUAAUGGUACCGUAUCCGGGCCAACAACUACUGCCACCAUCAAUGCUCAUCCUGACAGCGGUACCCUGCCACCACUGGGUGCUGUGAUCGUCUCUAAAGAUGGUAGUAAUAACGCUGCGUACACGAACAUCACUGCAGCUCUUGCCUCGCUCCCUCAAGAUAAGACCAAUCAGACCAUCUUCAUAUACCCUGGUACCUACAACGAGCAGAUCCCGUCUGUCAACCGCCCUGGUGCUGUUAGGAUCAUUGGAUAUACUACUGGCAAUCCUGGCCAAGCUUACAAGGACAAUCAAGUUACGAUCUCUUUUGCUCGUGGUCUUUCUGUGUCGCCGCUACCUGUAGGCCACUCCAACGCGGAGACUGCUGUAUUUGCCACAGCGUCAAGCCGGAUCAGCAUGUACAACGUCAACAUGAUCAACACGGAUAACCUUGAUGGCUCCGAGCCUUCAUACGUCACGCUCGCGGGCUCGAUCUACGGAAACGACAUCGCCUUCUACGCCUGUUCAUUUGAUGGCUGGCAAGACACUCUCCUGAACGGUGCGACAGCUGGCUACCAGUACUACGAGUCGUGCUAUAUUGGUGGUGCCAUUGACUUCAUCUGGGGCUACUCUAAAGCAUACUUCAAGGGAUGCACGAUUGGAGCUAAGCGCAAAUCGUCGGCGAUUACGGCGCAUAGCAGGAAAUCGAGCACCGAAAUAGGUGGCUACAUCUUUGACCAAUGCUUGUUCACUGCAGCUCCCAACGCAGUUGACGACCUUACGAACAAGGUCUACCUCGGCCGACCUUACUCCGCGUACGCUCUUGUUGUUGUCAAGAAUUCCUACAUCGACGCUACCAUCAUUCCUGCCGCAUGGAAGAUCUGGUCUGCAACCGACCCACGUACCGAUCACAUCACCUUCGCCGAAUUCAACAACUCUGGUCCCUCAAACUGGGAGCAAAAUGCUGCUGCUCGUGAGUCGUUUGGUUACGCUACGUUGCUUACUUCAGACACCUACUCCUUGUCAUCGGUGAUGGACUCAACCGAAUGGAUCGACAUGACUUACUUCAACUCCAUUGUCACCCCGCAGCCUUCAGCGCCCGUUGUCAUUCCUCCAGGACCCAUCAAUGUCAACGGCACCUCGGUUUUCAAUGGCACGACCCCGCCAGCUGACGCCCUUAUCGUUUCUAAGACGCCUAUUGAUGGUGUUGUUACCUACGACACUAUUCAGGGUGCUCUCAACGCAGCGCCGACCACGAGCAAGACGAAUGCUACCAUCUUCAUCUACCCCGGUGUUUACGAGGAGCAGCUUAUCAUUGCAAAGUCUGGUCAUACCAUCUUCCGCGGAUACUCGGAUGCGACCGAUGACUACUCCAAGAAUCAGGUCACUAUCCAGUUCAGCCGCGGCAUCGAUACACAAGGUACUUCUGGUAGCAACACUGACGGAGCGACUGUCUACGCCAAGGGCAACUACUUCCAUGGUUUCAACAUCAACUUCCGUAACAACAAUGGCACGCAGCAGAACAUUGCCUCGCUUGGUUUUGCUGUCCAAAGUAGCAAGUUUGCUGCGCUGUAUGGAUGUCAGAUCUACGGUAACCAAGACACCCUCAGUGUCUCUGGUAACCUCUUCACAUUCAAGACGUACAUUGAGGGUAACGUCGACUUCAUCUAUGGCUCUGGAUCCGCGUACUUCUUGGACUCAACCAUCGCCUCUAACGAGGAUGGGAUCAGCAUCACGGCCCACAAGCGUACCACCAACACGACGGCUGCUGGUUUCGUGUUUGAUCAAUCGAGGAUUGUACCAGCUCCUGGUUCUGGGUCUUUCAGCAGCGUCAGCCUCGGCCGCCCAUGGAAUAGCUUUUCGCGCGUUGCUUAUGUCGCAUGUUACCUUGACGCCAUGAUCAGCCCUGCUGGGUGGGCGCAAUGGUCAAAGAGCAACCCCCAGACGGACGGCGUCACUUACGGAGAAUACCAUAACACCGGUCCCGGUUCCGCAAUCUGUAAGCGUGCCAGCUUCAGCCAGCAGCUUUCAGACACCGAUGUCGCUCAGUUUCAACUUGCGUCGUUCUUCCCAUCGACUGCCUUCAUCGAUUUCCGAUACGUUGAUACCCAGCCUUUCACGGUUGGAAUGGGCUCGCCGCAAGUCUGUAGCACUGCAUCUUCGUCUCUCGUCUCUUCUUCUACCGCAUCUUCUACUGCGUCGCUGUCGACUAUCAGUCUCACAUCUUCAAGUAGCUUACCGAUCGUCACUGCGUACACCACAACUACGGUGAUCGCAAAGCUCACCGCAAGCGCGGUUGUUACCGCCCCUGAGGUCACCUCGACUACUGUCGUGAAGAGCACAGAAACUCUCUCGAUCAGUGCUAUCGAUGUGCUGAAGACUAGCACGUUGAAGGUGACUGCCACUACUUCCAUCGUGUCUCCUGACGUUACCUCUACUUCUACAUCGGUAGUAACUGAAGACGUUGGUCUAACAAUCACACCGGAGCCUGUCACCAAGACUAGUGUUAUCAAGGGUACCGUGACCGAAGCUGGAGUAACUACCAAGGGAGCCACAACUUCAACAGUCAAGGGUACUACAACUGUCACUGUCCUGUACACGUCCUCACCCAAGCCGACGUCAGUCACUAUCAGCCAGGGAUCCACGGUCUUUAUCACAAGCUCCAAGACCCAGAAGGCGGCCUCCACGACCAUCAAGACUACCAUCUCUAUUGAGCCAAGCACCACCAAGACAACUACUGUGCAGCCCAAGAGCUCAGUCACUGUUAGCAGCAUCUCGAUCAAGACAACUACCAAGAAGUCGACUACCACUUUGUCUUGCGUUCCUACUGGCAGCGCUCAGAACCUGGUCCGCCGAGGCGCCGUCAUCCCCCGUGCCGUGGCUAGCACCACUACGCUCACCAUCAGUACCACGGUCAGCAGCUACGUAGCAACAGCUACUGCAACUCAAGCAGGCUCGACUGCCCUAGUUACCGUAUCUUCCAUUGCCACUAAGACGACUUCUCUGAAGGCUAGCACCAGCACAAUCACGGUUACUUCGGUGGUGAAGACCUCGACGAUUGCGCAAGCAGGCUCCACCUACUAUACAACUGUGCUGUCAACGGAGAAGGUGGGCAAGACGACGACCCUCAAGGCCUCGACGAGCACACUCUACUCAACUGAGCUCGUCACGAAGACAGUACUCUCUACUGUCACAGAACCAGCAGUUACCAUUAGCUCUCUCAAGACGGCUUCGAAGACAUCGACCAUACUCGCGGCGCAAGAAACAGUCUAUGUUACCAAGUCGAGCGAUGUGACGUCCAAGACGACAAUCACGCUACCGGUCUCUACGAGCACCAAGUUCGAGACGGUGACCUUGGGUGGAGGAGUGAAGACGGAGACUGUUAGUGGAACACCCAAGACGAAGACGGUAGUCGUGAAGAGCACGGCGACUGUGCUCAGUUGGGCGACGAAGACAGCCAAGGGUGCGGGGGCUUGCACAGCUUCGUAG